AUGGAUCAACAACAAAAUGAUGAUACUGUUGUUGACAACGAUAGUGUCCAAACAGUGAACACCUCAGAGGUAGCCUCAAUCGACAAUGAAGCCAACAACAACAACAAUGAGAGCUCUCAACAACAACAACAACAAGAACCUGAACAUCAACAUCAACAACAAGAGCAACAACAAGAACAGCAACAACAACAACAACAACAACAAGUACAUAGUAAACAUAGUGUUGACAAUGAGACAUUAGUCAAAGGAGUGAACAUUGAUGAGACAUUGAAUAAGAAACAGAAGGAAAGGGAGGAGAGAUUGGCAUCAAUGAUGAGUCGUUAUAAUAAGAAGUAUCAGGAUAGUGAGAGUGAUGUACCUGUAAGAUCAACAGAUGAUGUCGAUACAGAUACCGCUGCCGCUGGCUCACUGAUCGAUGAUGGCGAGGAUGGAAUGAUGCAGGAGCAGAGAUCACGUCAGCGUCGUGCCCAAUCACUACGCAUGAAGGACCAGCUGGCCGAAGAGAUGAAGAAGUACCGUGAUCAAUAUCAGACCAUAUUGAGCGAUGUCAAUACUAUAUUAUCAACCACGCCACCAUCAUUAGAGUCGGCCGAUGGCGUCCAAACAUCGAGCUCGAUGGUUAACAAUCAAACAGUCGAUGGUACAAAUGGACAACAUAGUGGUGAACAUAGGAUUGAUUCAUCAGUUACUGGAGGCGAUGUCGUGUCGUCAGACAAUGGAACAACAUCAACAUCAACAUCAACAUCACAUGGUCAAUCAUCUGUUCCAACACCAUUCGCAGAGGUUGUCAAUUUCAACGCUGUACCACUUGUAUCCAUGAACUACAACACAAAGAAGAAGAAGAAUAAGAUGGCAUCCAAUCAAACAUCAACAACAGAUGAGCCAACAACAUCCACAACUACAUCAACAUCGACCACAACAACAUCUUCAACAACUCAACAACCAACAUCACAGGAAUCUGAAGAUAUAACAAAUCAAACCAAUAAUAAUGCAUAUAUAGAUCAACAACAUAUACAACAACAACUACUGCGACAACAGAAUACAUUAUACUUUGAGACACAAUCCAUACCAGUUCUAAGUGAAGUUGGAUUCAAGACACUAAAGGCCAUCGAAAUGGAUGCCAUCAGAUGUGCCGACUCAAUGGUCAUCCUAACCAGGAAUCUAAACUACAGUCUAAUGAAGAUGUCCAGAGGAUCAGUAGAGCUGUUCAAUACUUAUAAGCUGUCCAAUGAUCUGACUUGUGACUCUGUUGGCAGCAGUGUGAAUGAGACUCAUGAAUUGAUUGACAAGUGUGUGUCGUUGAAUGAACAGGCCAAGUGCAUAGUUAGCCUCUCACAAAGGAUCAAACAGAUUCGUGAGGCUAUCGACAAGCUGGACACCAUCACACACCAAGCCCUCAAGCAACUGGACAGGCAACAGUCAUAG